CUAAAUGUCAUCCUCCUUAUGACUUGCCACGCAGCUGUUUGAAUGCAGUGCAGCAUUCAAGUGAGAAACCUCUGAUGGAGGGGGAAAUGCAUACCACCAAGGUAUUUGUUCAGAGUGACAGGUGCAGUAAUAGUCCAGGUACAACUCGUUAAACGAACUUGGCUUCCCUUCCAAGGAAAUCACAAGUCCUUGACCCACUUUGUGCCGUGUGUAUUUCAAGGACUUUAUCAUGCUGCAGCAUCUUUGUCAGAAAAUACUGUGUUGUCUGGUGUUUUUCACAGAAAUCCUUCCUCCACCUCCGCCUCCUUUUUUUUCUGGUUGUAUUUUUCUCGAUACAGAGUUAUUACAACAUUUGAAAAGUUGUUUUGUCAAGGUUAAGGAUAUGCCUGAAUUUGAAUAUACUCCUUGAAAUAUAUGUCAGUGUUUCAUUGACACAAUCAAAUUAAAUUAUCCCAUCCACAUAUUUGUUUGUUCUCUCCCCGUGUCUUGCACAAGACGUGGGCACCAAAAUGAAAAUUUUUUUUUUACAUUCCAGUCAUUCCACCGCAUCAUCAGGUCAAUUACUUGUUUUGGGUUUUUUUUUUUUUGCAUUUAUAGCAAUGAGUUUGGACAACUCUUCAAAAGCUGUAAGGACCCUGUCUAUACUAAUAGUGACUUUUCUGUCCCACAGAACAACCAGCAGCACUGGUGGACGUGGCACUUGUGGCAUGACUACCACAAACAAGGGAAACAAGGCCUUGAAGGUGAAGCGGGAGCCAGGGGAAAAUGGCACCAGCCUGACAGACGACGAGCUGGUGACCAUGUCGGUGCGGGAGCUGAACCAGCAUCUACGGGGCCUGACGAAGGAGGAAAUCCUUCAGCUGAAGCAGCGGCGACGUACCCUGAAGAACCGGGGCUACGCUGCCAGCUGCCGGGUGAAGCGUGUCACCCAGAAAGAGGAGCUGGAGAAGCAAAAGGCUCAGCUGCAGCAGGAAGUGGACAAGCUGGCCACAGAGAACGCCAGCAUGAAGGUGGAGCUGGACGCUCUGCGUUCAAAGUAUGAGGCCCUCCAGAGCUUUGCUAGGACUGUGGCCCGCAACCCUGUCACCUCAGCCAGGGGCCCUAUGGCCUCUGUCAUAGGGCCCCUCAUCCCUGGUAAAGUAGCUGCCACCAGCGUCAUCACCAUCGUCAAAUCCAAAACGGAGGCUAGGUCGUAGUAGCAGAAAGGGCGGGAGGAAGAUUUUCAAGACUUAACUAGUCAGUGCAUUCUAACAUGCUGCAGAAAAACCUGUGUAAGUUCUCAAUUUUAACCCUUACACUAACACUAACAAUACUCCUCCCAAACUCACCCUGAAAGUAUGACUCAGCAGUCUGUGCCUGUCAGCAGACAUGUUGUGCUUUAGGGUGACACAGUCGAAACUUCCGAUUUAGGGCAUCACAGUUGGUGAAGAAUGGAGACCUAUUUGCAAUACUGAAACAUUUCAUUUCAAAAGUAUAUUGUUACAAAUACCCAAGAAGGCAAUAUUGGGUGAAAAAGUACAAAGUGGAAACAAAUUCAGACUGUUAAGUUAGCUUGUUAAUUUGUGGUACGAUACUGUGUGUGACGUUUCUUCAAUACUGAGCUCUAAGAUUUAUUUCCGUCCUAAGAAUUGGCAUUCGUAGAGUCUCAACCUGUAAAGUAAUACAUUUAGACAUUAGUCCUCGCCGCUGAACCCAUUUGCUUGUUAUUAUGCACUGACUCAAAUUUGGAUACAUAAACUCGUGGUGUGUAUGCUACAGAUGUCUUCAUAAGAGCCUGACUAACCCAAAACUAGUAAAUGAGUCAAAUUUGUCAUUUUGUUGGUUGUCUGUCAAGAAAAUAAGCAUGAAAUAAUGCUCCCAAAUCUAGCAUUCAUUUCUGUUUAUCUGUGACAGGCUUUAACGAACUUGUCAUUAUCAAUAUGACUGGUAGAUGCAAUAAUAUAUGUAUGCACUGAAAAUACAAAGAGGUCUUGCAUAUUUAUGGUUAAGUGGAAACGUUAAAAAUGAUCAGCAGUUCUUAAUGAUAUUGUUCCAGAGCUGAGUGCCAUUCCGAUAUGACAAGAUUCUUCUACAAUAUCUGAAAACCUGAAUGUUAUAACAGUAAUAUCCUCAUGUUUUGUGGGGACGGUGAAAUCCACAAACAUUUUGAAACAUAAUUUUUGCUCAUAGAGAAAAUAUGUUCAAGUUGUUUUGUUUAAAAGAUAUAUAUUGCAUUUUUUGUAAUUACUUGUUGACAGGGCCGCCAGAUAUUUCCAAAAGAAAAAUCUUUACACAAGCUUUACUGUUUGAAUUGUUAAGGUGUAGAAAACUUUGUCUAAUGUUGAGUUCUUGGUUUUUAUUACUAGGUAGAUUACCUUCCAUUGUUUAUAGAAAUACAGAUAAAGAAAACGUAAAAAAAAAAAAUCCUGUGACAUCUUUUUUGCAAUUGUACCGAAAGUGGCUUACUAUUGAAGUCUGAUAGCUUUUUUCUAGUGACUAGGCGCGUACUGUGGGGUAGCGCGUGAUGUGAUGUGUAAGUGACAAGUUGGCAGUGUCGUUCACUGUAUAGAUGUCAAUGCUGUGCUAUUUAAAACAAAUCUGUAGAGCUAAACUAGGUGGUGUAAACAAGGUCAAUUGUCUUUGUGCGUAUUGGCAUCUGUGAUAUCCUCCGCUUCCUUGGUGUUAGUUACAAAUCAUAUUGUCAUUAAGAGUUUACCCCAUUGAGCCAUGUAAGACAGAAUUGGGUGAAAUGGCAUUCGUGACUUUUACCUGAAGCUUAAAGUGAUACUGUCAUUGUAGAAUCUGAAUAACGGUUGCACCUGGUGCUGGAUGCCCUCAAAAUACAUCCUCUGUAACCUGAAAGUAAACGAUUUCAUUGUUGGGAAGGUUUCAUUAUCGUCUCCAUUCCAGCCAAGCAAUUGGUUUUAAUAGCAUCGUACGAACAGAAAUUUAAGUGUAAGUUUGGAUUUUUUGGAAGUGGGGUUGUAUGAGGUGCUUAUUCAUAGUCAGUGUGUUGACUACAGCAGAUGGAGGUUGACAUGCCCCCAGUUUGAAGAAGCAGGAAGGAGUUACCGGCUCUAAAGCUAAGAAAUGUUCUGCUUUGGACAGGGGCAGCAGCUAAACAUUUUAACUGCCAUCUACUGUAGGUAAUAAACUGACUCAUUCAACCUCACUUAAACCUUUAAAUUUAUCUUUUGUCAAAUUAAAUUAUAUGUGAGGCUAAAAGCUUUUUUUUCCCCUCCGAAUUUUAUUGAGAAACUUUCUCAAAACUAAAGCGAUAAUAAAAUUGGAUCAAUGAACCUAAAAGUUAACCCGGCAAACGGUGCAGUAUCACUUGUAAUUCACCCACAGGUCUUCAGAUUGUCAGAUUAAAAAGCGGUAGGGUUUGGCUGAGGGUUUGUAUGCACUAAGCUCCUACUUGUUUUGCUCAGGACAAAACAGGUCACUCUAAAAAUGAACAAACCAGUCUCGAUGAGAAGCAGAGAGGCAGGGAUGGCAGCUCUGUUCAUGUUUUUUCUCUUCUUCUUUUUAUUUUUUAUUUUUAUAAUAAGCAUGUCAUAAAGGGCUUCAAUCCACACUCAGAAAGAGACACAGCAAGACCACGUAGAAUUACAAUCAACAACUGCUGCCAGCAGCGCUCCUUCUGUGCCAAGUGUCGCAUCACUCUCCUGGUCCUCUCAAAAGGAAUUUAACUGUGGAGCAGUUUUACACCUCAAGGUGAACAUAGUUGUGUAAUGACAUUACCAGAAUGCACUUCGUUGGGAUCUCGCUCUCCUGCUGGUCAGAAUGUCUUAUAGUGUCGGCAAGGUGUUAAUCUGCAGUCACUCUCAAAACUACACCUCAGCAAAACUCCAUGCCAGAGACCAGGGUGCUGGUUAUACUGUCUGUGUGCAAGUAUCCUAUCCUCAACAUGCUUAGCUAUCUACAUUGACUGGUUAACUGUGGGAAAAUAUAUAUCUGACUCUUGACAUAGCCCAGUAUUGAUGUUGGCGUCCUUAUUGCUGUGGCAGUCUUGUGGAGUGAAUCUUUUUCGUGUCAAGUGUCUUUUAAGGUGUUCGAGCGGCACCGCCGACCAAUCUCUCAAUCUCCGCUAGAGAUGACGACUCUCUCUUUCUCACACAUACAGGUGUAUAGUAUGUAGCUACAGUAGGUAUUAAUGACCAUUGUGAAAAAGUGACCCUUAAUAUGCAACUCAGUGGAAAGGUGUGAAAGAGUAGAUGUAAGAGUAAUCAAUAUUGUCAAAGUGACUAUGGUCUGUUAUUUAAUAAUUCUUGCUGUUUUGUAGGUUUUUUGCAAAAAUGUGUUAUUCUUUUUUUUUUUUUUUUGCCCUCAGAUUUUGAAUCCUUAAAUGGAAGAGCAAUUGGCCCUUGUUUAUAGAAACAUGGUAAAACUGUAACAGAGUUUUUAAAGGAAUCACGGGACAGUUGCACUCAAGCCUUACUCACUAAUUACUCUGGUCUUAAAUUAACCGAAUUACCGGAUCCCUAAAUUGGAAUAUCUGACUGAAAGAUAUUGCUAUUCUGUAAAUGUCUGUGCACUGAGUGAAAUGGACGCUACAAUAGAUUCUGUCACAAGGGCCACUUGCAAUAUUUUCUUUUCUUUUGUAUGCGUGUGUGUGUGUGCGUGUGUGUGUGUUUUGUACGUUUGAGGUUCCUCUGCUGCUACACCAGUCAUUAAUGCUCGUUGUUUGCUGUAGCACCAUCCACAGCAGUUCUGUUCUCAUUAUGUGUUGAGUGUGUAUUUGGAAUUGAUCUUAACACUGUAAUUUGUUCUGCAGAUUUAAUUUUUAAUUGAUUCUGGCUUUUUUUUUUCUUCUGUUUUUACAAGCAACAUGUUAGAGAGGAUAAAUAACAGCACUUGUGUGGCAGUUGAAUUUAAUAGCUCUCAAGACAUUGGCUUUUUUUCAUGAAAUGAUGCUUUGAAAACAGUUGACUGUGCAGGUUUGCUCUUACUCCAUGGAGUGGGUCUGUGCUUCAAAGGUAUAAAAAUCUGACUAAAGCGAGUAAUACAAAGUUAAUUAUCUGUUUUUGUUAUUUUUCUGUAUGGGUUGUAAUAAAAUAUUGCAGUACUUUGUAUGAAAACAGACAAUAGUUAAUUGUAACUAUUUAUAAAUUAAAUUAUUGUACUUUUUGCAAUCUGUAGAUAAGUACUAUGUAUUCAUAUAUACAGUAACAACUGUGGAUUUAAACGUGAUUCUCUGAGGUGUCUAAGUUAUUGAUGUAUAUAUUGUAUGUUUGUUGAUACAGCUUACUUUAUUUUCUAUAAGACCAAUAAAAUGUUUUGAAAAAGGA